AUGGCUAUACUAUCAUCAUCAUCAUAUAAAGAAUCAUUAAAUGGUUUCCCAAUUCGAAAAAUGCUUAUAAUUUGUAUAAUUCGAUUUGCUGAACCAUUAGCAUUUACAUCAAUUUUCCCUUAUAUUUAUUUUAUGAUUCGAGAUUUUCAAAUAUCUAAACAUGAACAAGAUAUAUCACAAUAUUCAGGUUAUAUAGCAUCAUCAUUUGCUUUUUGUCAAUUUUUAUUUGCAAUUCAUUGGGGGAAAAUGUCAGAUAAAUUAGGUAGGAAACCAAUUUUAAUUAUUGGAUUAUUAGGUACUUCAAUAUCAUUAUUAUUAUUUGGAUUUGCAACCAAUUAUUAUUGGGCAUUAUUUGCUCGUUGUUUAGCAGGGAUUUUAAAUGGUAAUGUAGCAGUUUUAAGAACUAUGAUUGGUGAAAUUGCUGUAGAAAAACGUCAUCAACCUUUAGCUUUUCUGACUAUGCCAUUAUUAUUUAAUUUUGGAGCAAUUAUUGGUCCAGCAAUUGGUGGAUCAACUUAUUUAACUAAACCUAAAGAGAAAUCACCGUAUGAUAAUGAUAAUGGUGAUAAUAAUAACAAUAUAUAUUGGAUGGAUAAUUGGGAUAUUUAUCAAAUUUAUCAACGAUUUUUAAAUAAAUUUCCUUAUGCUUUACCAAAUAUUGUUGUAUCAUUAAUAAUUUGGUUUAGUUUAAGUUGUGGAAUAUUAUUUUUAGAAGAAACUCAUGAAAUUCAUAAAUAUCGUCGAGAUUAUGGUGUUGAUUUAGGUGAUUGGUUAUUAAAUAAAAUUGGAAUUUCAAUUCCAACAAGACCUUGGCAUAAUUGUAAUCAAAUAAUAUAUGAUAAUGAUAAUAUUAAUAUUAAUGAAACAACAACAUUAUUACAAGAAAUUGAAGGUGAAGAUGUAUUCCCUGAAGCAAAUCCAGAUCCAGAUCCAGAUCCAGAAUCUAUCCUAUCACCACAACCACCACCACCACCACAAGAAAAUAAUGAUGGAGAAUCUCAACCAUUAAUCAAAUCAAAAUCAAUUGUAUUUACACCAAAAGUAAUUGGAGUAAUUAUUGGGAAUUUUAUUAUUUCAUUACAUAGUGUGACUUAUAAUGAAUUUUUACCAAUUUUUUUAGCAUCAAGAUUUCAACCUCAAUCUUUAAAAUUCCCAUUUCAAAUUGUUGGAGGUAUGGAAUUAAAUAUAAAUUAUAUUGGUACAUUAUUUUCAUCUACUGGUAUUAUGGGAAUAUUAAUUGUAUUAAUUUUAUUUCCUUUAAUAGAUUGUAAAUUAGGUACAAUUGGUGGUUAUAGAUUAAGUGUAUCAAUUUUCCCUUUAAUUUAUUUAAUUAUCCCAUUAACAAUAUUUACAUUACAUCAAUAUAAUCAUUGGUUUCCUUUAUGGAUUACUCCAAGUUUACUUUAUUUAUUAACUAGUUUGAAAACAUUGGCUAGUAGUACAGGAAUGCCCCAAAUUACUAUUUUAAAUCAUCGAGUAGCAGCAAAACAACAUCGUGCUUAUGUAAAUGGUGCAAGUAUGUCAUUUGUUUCUUUAUCAAGAUUUUGUGGACCCAUGAUAUUUGGUUAUUUAAUGAGUUUAGGUGAAAAAUAUCAAAUUGGAUGGUUGAUUUGGUGGAUAAUGAGUGGAUUAGCAGUGAUAGGAAUGAUUCAAUCUUAUUGGAUAGAAGAAGAAGAAGAUGAUGAUGAUGAUGAAUCGGAUUAG